GGCCAGUGAGACUGCUGUGCCUGCGGGCUGGAGGGCUUUGAGGUGAGGGGGAGCCGCUUCUCCAAGUCUGCAGGAGAGAGGCAGAAGAUGCUCCAUCAGAGAAAGGAGGAGCUGCUCCUACGCGCUCGCAGGCGUUUCAUAAGUAAGAGCCCUGCGGAGGAGACCUCACGCUCGCUCUUCAUGGCCGCCGCCGCCGCUGAUGAGGAUGAUGACGAGGGCCGCCGCCCCGCUGGGGGUGGGCGUGCUCUGACCUCCUCUGACCCCAUGAGCCUGCGGCGCAGGAUGCUGGCCGGCGCUGCGGAACGUCGCAUGCAGAGGCAGCCAGAGGCUCCCCAGUGAGGCUCCACCUCCCCCGUGCAGGGCAGCCUGGUGGCCCCCCACACGACCCAGGAUGCACCUGAGGAACCCUGCGGUCCCCCUCCAUCACACCCAUCACCAGAGGAGGAGGAGGAGGAGGAGGAGGAGGAGGAGGAGACGUGUCACCCCCUCCACUGCCUCAUCACAGACACAUUGGGAGGGAGGGAGGGAGAGGGAGAUGAGAGCAUGGAGCCAAGGGCUUCUGGGACAUUCAAGCUUUUUGUAUUUGCUCUGCUCAGCAUUGACCUGUGAAUCCCACGCCUGGGGUCACCCAGAGCUUUGAGGCCACGGUGGCCCAGCAGAAAGAAUCCAUGCAUGUGUCAGUUCAAUCCGCCUGUGCAGUUCAGUCACCACCCCCCCCCCUAUAUUGCGGUGUAUGUCCUCCUUAAAAUAAAGUAUUUGAAAGAAA